GGCUCUGUGUGUCCGUAGCUACGGGAGGCUCUGGAGGAGAAGUUAAAGCUGAACCUGAAGAGCCACAAGCAGUUUGUGGAACAGGAAAUGAUCACCAUCAUGGGUCUGAUGGACUCCCCCACCAUGAUCAAAGACUUCCUCUUCCUGGGAUCAGAGUUUAACGCCUCUAAUCUGGAGGAACUGACGGAGAAUGGGGUGGAUCACAUACUCAAUAUUAGCCGUGAGGUCGACAACUUUUUCCCGGAGAUUCUAACGUACAUGAACAUCAAGGAGUGGGACAAUGAGGAGGCGGACUUGUGUAAACACUGGGACGACACUAACAAAUUCAUCGCCAAGGCCAG